UUUUUUUCCUGGUAGGUUUGGUGCGCCUGGGUCCUCCGGAAGCCUGCUGGAUUGCCGAGAAAUUCUAAGUGCAGACCAGCGCGCGAACGCUCUCGAGCUUCGGAUUCGUCUCUUUACCGUUUGGAUUCUGGCAUUGUGGUGUGUUUGGUUGAUGGUAUGUGGAUUGGCUGGGCCUUUUCGAUUGUUUCUUUUUUCAGGCCCAUCUCUCCCUCCAAUCAGAGACGCACCAACGCCAAAUGCCUGCGGUUCUCUUUUAGUAGCAGCUACUCUACUGGUCCCUCACUCAACCUUUGAUGGUCGUGUGUUCAUAGGAGGCGGCUAGAUCCGAUCUUAAGUUUGUUCCUCUGACGUUUUGUGGCAUAGCAGUAAUUGAUGAUGCGAACAGUAAAAGUUAGCAACCUUUCAUUAAACGCUGUGAAAAGAGAGAUAACAGAGUUCUUUAGUUUCUCCGGGGAUAUAGAAUAUGUUGAAAUGCAAAGUGAAUCCGAAUGGUCACAGCUUGCUUAUGUCACAUUUAAAGACUCACAGGGAGCAGACACUGCUGUUCUUCUCUCAGGGGCAACAAUUGUUGAUCGUUCUGUCAUCAUAGCUCCAGCUGAGAACUAUCAACUACCUCCUGAAGCACACAAACAAUUAUCAGGAGCAAGCCCCAUUACUGAAUCUGCAGUCAGGAAGGCAGAAGAUGUUGUCAGCAGCAUGUUGGCCAAGGGCUUUGUCCUCAGCAAGGAUGCUCUCAAUGUAGCAAGAUCCUUUGAUGAGCGUCACAACAUCCUGUCCAAUGCUACUGCCACUGUCGCAUCCAUAGACCGCCAGUAUGGCCUGAGUGAAAAGAUCAAUCUGGGCCGAACCAUUGUAGGCAGCAAGGUCAAGGAGGUAGAUGAACGUUACCAGGUCUCAGAACUCACUAAGUCUGCUUUGGCAGCUGCUGAGCAGAAAGUCAGUAUUGCAGGCUCUGCUAUCUUGAGUAACCAAUAUGUCUCAGCUGGUGCUUCCUGGUUAACCAGUGCAUUCGGUAUGGUAACUAAGGCGGCAGGUGACAUGACCUCGAUGGCGAAAGACAAGGUAGAGAGGGCUGAGGAGGAGAGAAAAGCCAUCAUGUGGGAGGAGAGGAACGGACUGGUUAGCCAGUAUGCGAAGAUCCACCUUGACGAGCCCUCUUCAUGGGAACCUGCAGUUCUUCCUUUGGAAUCAGUGGAUGAGCAGAGGCUCCAGGCUAUUUGAUCGACGAAAUCAAAUGUUGAUCGUGUCUCACACAUAAUUCGUUUGCUGCUUGUCCUAUAUAUAGAUGAUUCUUUUGGUCGAUGGAUUGGAUCAAAACAAAGGGGCUUGUCACCUAUAGUGUCAUGUAAAUUUCAGAGCGUUGUCCUUGUUUUCCUACCAGCUAUGUUAUAAUAGACCACUGGAUGUGAAUGGUCUUCUUGUUCCUGCUACUUGCUACAAACUGUAAUACAGCCUCCUUCGUUAGAUACAGCUUCUAAUGCUGAGUUGAAAUGUGGUAACUAAAUUUACUGCUCCAGCCUUCCAGGAUUCCUCUGGCU